AUGGCCGACUGUCAGAGAACCGUACGACCCGUCCCAUCGCUCGAUUCAAAAUCGACCCGCCGACCCGCACACUCCCGAGAAUCGUCUUCCGAGAAGAACUGCUCGCAGCCGGGCUCGUCCAUUGCCUCUCCCCGUGUGCCUGCCCCCCAUUCCCGCACAGUUGGGGGAGAGCGUGUCGUCGACCCCAAGAACGCCGCCGCCUACGGGCACCAUCGCCAGACCUCCAUCGUCCACGGGAUACAGCACUCGAGAAAUGCGAGCCUAGCUAGCGCCACAUCGAGUCCUCUCAGCCCCCAACUCAUCGCAGCUGCGGGGACUGCCGCUUCCCAUGAGAGACAGGACAACAGCCCACACACCGCUUCUGCUCCCCGACCAGACGCCGAACUUGCCCCUCCUCGCUCUCAGCAGAAUAUGAAAGGCCCUGUCGGCUCCAAUGGCUUCCCUCCCGAGAGGACCUCCUCGGCCGGCGACGUGGCCCUCCACGGGACUGUCCAGCGGAGGCUGGAGCGGAGGCAGAGCAAACAUAGACGUGACCAUUCACAUCACCCAUCCGCCGCACCGAGAAAUUCCAAGGAUGACCAGAAGACGGUGGGCGAGUACGCCCUACAUGUCUUGUUUACAUCGGUAUGUUGCGUUACCUUGACGCCUACCCGACCCCCUGCUCGCACACCCUUCACGUUGCCGAAUGCUGACGUGCUGCAAAACACACAGUUCAUCGCACAAGCCGAGGAGAAGCUGAGCGAGUGUAUCACGGUUCCCUUCGAUCCUGAGCCCAAUAUCGAACGAAUAUGUGGCCCUGGCGUCGACCCGGCCUUCGACCAGCUGAUCGUGGCUCUGGGCCAUAUAGCAAGCCCCAAGCCUAAAGCGCUGAUCGAUUCCAUGAUGUUGUGGAGGAAGAGCAAGAGCGACUUGGCAACCGAGGCCCGCAACCAGGUCCAGCGCAGCGGCCCGCCAGGCGGCCCGUUGACACGGAGAAACACGGAGCCCGUCCAAGCCGGUCUCCCAGGCUCCGGCCCUGCAGACCCUGCGCCCAACGCCGCCGCCGCGUCGGCCAAGCAGGAGUAUGUGGCCCAAGCUGAGCGCCGGUCAACAGUUUCUAUCUACAUCCUCUGCCGAGUCUUGAUGGAGGUCAUAUGCCAGAGCGAUCUGCAGUCUAUCACGGCCGAGAUGGAAGACAAACUGGAGAGUAUCAUCUUUGGACAGCUGAAGAUUGCCGACCCGGAGCAGCUCGUGGUAUCGCCCCUCAAGCUGGCCAACUGGAACCUGUUCUCCCAGCUGCUGGGACACAUGAGCGAGAUCAACUUCAUUCCCGUCACACGCCGCUUCAUCGAGGAUAUCGAGAGCUCCCUUCAGGACCGAAUCAACAAGAGCCCAACAUCUGCGACGGGUGGGCGUGACACCGACGGCAAGCUGGAACUUGUCCUCGGGGGGAUGAAGCAUCUGAGAAUGAAGAUUGCUCCCGAGGAUGCCUGGGAGCGGUCCUGCGACUUCCUCGUCUCUCUCGGACGCCUGCUGAGCAAGUCGCACGGCCAGCGUGUCAAGUGGGCUUUCUGCCAGGUCAUCGACAUGCUGAUUCUGCCUAUUGCCUCGACGGCCAGCAACAGCCACCUGAUGCAUCCAAAAUGGUCAGAGGCCCUCUCGGCCAUAAGCCCACGCCUCUCUCAGCUGUUCACCAAGCCCCGGCAUUGGCCCGUCGCCUUCCCCCUGACGGCUACCAUGCUCUGCGCAUCCUCACCCGACACCUUCAGUGCCCGCUGGUAUCAGCUGGUCAUGUCUGCGCAGACAAAGGUCAAGGACCGUUCCACCAGGCCUCUGUGCCUCCAGGUCUUCUCCCGCCUGUUGUGGACAUACCUGUACCGGACCAACGAUAGCCCACAGAACGCUACCCGCAAGCUCGACGACAUCCUGAGGCUCAUCCUGCCUCCCCCCACGAAGCGCGGCAUCGUUGCUUCCGACGUCUCCGUCACGGAGCCUCUUAUCCAGAUCAUCCGCAUCAUCGGCUUCAAGUACCCCGAGUUCUGCUUCCGGAAUGUCAUCUUCCCCCUCAUCGGCGCCGAGCUCUUUGCCAGCACCAAGGAUCUCAAGGUCGAACAGUUGGACCCUGACAGGAUCGUCGUCGGCAUCCGGGCCUUCCUGUGCAUCAUGUCCGAUCUCGAGAAGGGCGAGCAGGGUCGGCCCCCCUUGCCACAGGUAUACGAGACCUCCUCCGUGCCCGAGCGGCUUCCGACCUCGCCCGCUGUGGGGUCGACCCGAUUCAACAUAAGCAACGUGAACAGCAACAGUACUGACGGUGCUCCCUCCAUGAGGGUAGCCGAGGAGAACAUCUCUCGGCCAGUCCUCACGCACGUCCUGACCGAGAGCGUCCGGGAAUACUACGUCAAGUUCUGCGAGAUUCUCGGCAAGAUCACCAUGAUAUGCGACAACACCUUUGGAGGUCAGGCGGCUCUAGACGAGAAGUUUGGUAGUCCGGGCCCCAAGACGCCCAUGGCCGAGACCUUCAACUUCUCACGCCGUGAUGAGCAGCAGAGCGCGUCGGACCAGAAACAGGCAUUCUAUGAGCUGUUGCAUGUUGCGGUCCAGACCCUUCCCCGGUGCUUCUCGGCGGAUUUACCCUUCAACUCCCUCAUCAACCUGCUCUGCACCGGUACUGCCCACGUCCAGUCGAAGAUUGCCGACUCAUCGAGUAAUUCUCUCAAGGCCAUUGCCCGCCAUUCCCACGCUGGAGGCGUCAUUACCGGAUUCUCACGCUUCAUAUUCAAUUUCGACGACAGGUAUGCCACCAUGUCGGACGGCGGUAUGCUCGGCCUGAGCCACAUCGAGAACACGCUGCGUCUGUACGUGGAGCUGCUACAGAUAUGGAUAGACGAGAUUCGACAGAAGCUCAAGGAUUCCGAGUCGGGUGACGCGGGCAUGGGCGCCACCGGCAAGAGGGCCCUCAAGCUCGACCUGUCCAGCGUGCAGGCCGAGGUAGAGCAGGCCGAGGCCCACGGCCUCUUCUUCCUGUGCUCGCAGUCCCGCCGUGUGCGGUACCAUGCCAUCACUGUGCUGCGUUUGAUUACCGAGUUCGACAAGGCGUUCAGCAAGGAUGCCGCGGGCGAGGACACCUUCCGACUGAUUGACAUCCUGGAGAACGAUGCCGACCAGAUCAUAAACUUCAACGACGACCACCUGUCCGUUGCGGAGCGGAGCAGGCUGCAGCGGGGCCUCAAGAACUCGGCAUAUGGCAGCAUGGGCAACAAGGGUGCCAUCGUGGAACUCUGCACCAGCGACGGGCCGUACGACAGCACAUUGUGGUUCAAGAUUUUCCCCAACCUCAUCAGGAUCGCUUACGAGAAAUGCCCGUUUACCGUCACCAUGUGCCGCGACCUCGUGUGCGACCGUACCCUGCAGAUGUACAAGCCCAUCGUGUUCCUCUCGGAACCCUCGCGCGGGCCGUACUACGGGGCGGACCCCAACUCGGCGCGGGCGGCGGCUCACUCGCCCACGGCACAGCCCGACGUCAUGAUUGAGCAGUGGAAGCUGUACCUCAUCUUUGCAUGCUCGACCCUAGCCGACCCGAGCAACACGACGUUCGACGCCUCUCACACGCGCAAGGCCUCCAAGGCGACGUCAAGGGACCGCACCGUGACGGCGAGGAUGCUCUUCAAGUACCUGAUUCCCCUCGUGUCGUCGUCGUCGGCCUCGGUGCGCGAUGCAGUCGUCGUGGCCAUGGGGUCCGUCAACAUCCACAUCUACCGCACGCUCCUCGAGGAGCUCCAGGGCCAGGUUUCGCGGUGCAACGACGAGGCUCGAGCGCGCAUCCACCAGCGCACCAACAGCAGCCCGCGUAGGAACCGCAAGAUAGACCUCCUGAGGACGGAGAUCACCCAUGUCUUCAAGCUCACGUCGCACUUCCUCAAGGAGCCCGAGAUCUACCAGAAUGACUUCUUCCUCACCACCCUGACGGCCUACAACAGGGACCUCAAGCUGUUCUUGAUGGACGGAGAAGUCCAGAUGGACUGGGAGUUUCAGAGGCUGCGUCGCCACUACUGCGGCCUGACCGAGGCCUUGUUUGACUGUAUCAACAGGACGGGUGACCCGUCGCGCUGGAUGACUUUCGAGUCCCGCAAGUCGGCCUUUUCCCUCAUGGAGGACUGGUGCGGCUUCUCGCCCAACCACAACCAGAUUCGCGCCCGGGAGGACACGAUGCGUCAGUCCGUCAUCGACCAGCAGGCGUCCGCAGAACGCGGCACCGUGUCGGCAGCCAUGGAGAUUGAGAAGCGGAACCUCAGGACGGCCGCGCUGAGCGCCAUGGCCGCCCUGUGCGGCGGCCCCAUCACCGUCACGACGGAGAGCGGGGCUACCCUCCAGUUUGAUGUGCGUCGCAUGCUGGCCUGGAUCGAAGCCAUCUUCAACUCGGGUAGCGACCGCAUGAAUUUGAUUGGGAGGCGUGCGCUGCAGAACCUUGUCAUGCACAACCAGGAGUACCCCUACCUCUUCAAGCACUGCAUCGCGCGGUGCUACACGUCGGACAACCCUAAGAUACUCGAGAGCUACUUUGCCGUCGCGACUCAGGUUAUCCAGGACAACCCGGCCUACCCCUGCCCCUUCUGGAAGCUGCUUUCUCUGUGUCUGUUCGCCCUCGGGAACGACCAGAGCGACAUCAGGUCAAAGUCGUCCAGCUUCCUGCGCACCCUCGAGAGCCGGCAGAACAUCAACUCCAAGAUCCAGGACUUUGACAUCAGCAUCGCCGAUAAGACGCAGGCCGUCUACAAGCUGGCCCAGUUCGAGAUCUCCAAGCGCUUGGCAAAGCAGUACACGGAGCUUGCCUUCCAUGUCUUCUCGGAGUUCACGCUGUACUUCCGUGACCUCCAGACCGUGGCCCAGCGGACCAUGGUCGCCGUCGUGCUGCCCUGGGUCCAGUCCAUAGAGCUGAAGCUGGACCCCAACGGAGGACCGACGGCCGAAUCGUAUGUCCUCCUCGCCAACCUCCUGGAGCUCACCAUCAAGUCCAGCGGGGCCCUCCACAACGAGGUGCAGGCCUUGUGGCAGGCCGUGGCAGCCGGGCCUCACCCGGGAAACGUCCGGCUCGUCAUGGACUUUGUCAUCCAGCUGUGCCUGGAGCGUCGCGAGCAGAAUUUCGUCGAGUACGCCAAGCAGAUUGUCGUAUUCCUGUCGACGACCAACAGUGCUCCUGGCGCCCGGGUGAUUGAGUUCCUCCUUAUGCAGAUCACCCCUAGGGGCAUGGUGCCCAACGAGAGGAGGGACGUCAUCCCUCCACCUGCAGACAUCUCUCUGUACCCUUACUGUGCAGACCUGUCGGAGGUUCUCCCGGUCGGCACUAAGCAGGCCGGCUUCUCCUUGGGACAGCUGGCCAUCAUCCUGCUGGUCGACCUCAUGGUCUCGCCCGUCCAGCUCGCUCCCGAGAACGUCCCGCUGCUUCUCCAGGUGGCGACGGUGCUCUGGGACCACUACAUGCCGCUGGUGCAGGACCAGGCCCGUGAGAUGUUGGUCCAUCUCAUCCACGAGUUGGUUGUCGCGCGCCUGGAUGACCAGAUCCCGGGUGCACGGAGGGAGUCUAUCGAGAAGUUGAUUGACCGCGUGCGACGUCACGAUAACAGCGUCGUUUGGGGAUACGAGGACAGCAAUGGCAAGGUGGACGACCACGACAACAAGGUGCCCCCGAGCAUGGAGUACCUGACGACGGAGAUCGUCAGGACAUUCGAGCCGACCUUCCCCGGGCUCAAGGAGCAGUGGAGCAGGCUGUCGCUGACUUGGGCCACAUCGUGCCCCGUGAGGCACCUGGCCUGCCGUUCCUUCCAGGUAUUCCGGUGCAUCCUCACGUCGCUCGACCAGCACAUGCUGGGCGAUAUGCUGGCCCGGCUAUCCAACACGAUUGCCGACGAGGACCCGGAGAUCCAGUCCUUCUCCAUGGAGAUCCUCACCACACUCAAGGCUCUCAUUGUCAAGCUGGAGCCCGAGCGUCUGGUGACGUUCCCACCGCUCUUCUGGAGCACGUGCGCGUGCCUGGAGUCGAUCAACGAGAGGGAAUUCCUCGAAGCGGCGGAGAUGCUGGACGUGUGGCUGACCAAGGUCGACUUCCGGUCUCCGCAUGUGCGCCGCAUCCUCGCCGACGGACAGCCGGCGCAGUGGGAAGGCCCUUUCGAGGGCCUGCAGCCUCUCGUCCACAAGGGGCUGCGCUCGUCACUGUGCUGGCAGCCGACGCUUGACCUCAUCGACAAGCUCAUCCAGCUGCCCAGCGACGGCCUGGUCGGAGACGAUGACCGCGUGCUGUUUGCCGUGCUGGCUAACUUCCCCCGUUUCCUGCACGAACUGGAAAGCGGCAUCCCGAGCGAGGGCGCGCUGCACACGGCCGACAUCCUGACCCAGGAGACGGAGAGGCAGGGGCUGGAGUCGAUCUCGAUCGCGCUGAGCGACUACACGGCCGGGGCGUACCGCAGCACCAACGACUUCCUGGGCCAGCUGUUUGCGGCCAUCAAGGAGUGCUACCUGCCGGGCCAGGACUUCAAGAUGAUCACCUUCCUGAUCGGCCUGCUCACCAACUCGUUGUCGUGGGUCAAGGUGCAUACGAUGCGCAUCCUGUGCGUGGCGCUGCCCGAGAUCGACAUGAGCAACCCGGAGCUGGCGGGCCACGGGUCGGAUCUCAUCUCUCCCCUGCUGCGGCUGCUGCAGACCGAGUUCUGCAUGGAGGCUCUCGAGGUGCUGGACAACAUCAUGACCAUGUCGGGCAGUCACAUGGACAAGCACCACCUGCGGAUGAGCAUGACGCGGUCGACGUCCAAAGCCAUCCGCAAGGAGUAUGAGCGGACACAGAGCCUGUUCGGCAUCCCCGAGGCGUCCGGAUGGGCGACGCCCGUCCCUGCCAAGAAGACAGAGGCCACGCGGGCCAACCUCCACGCCACCUUUUACAUGUGCCAGGGCGCCGAGGGCACGCCGCCGCAGUCGGCCCCGAGCGUCGGGUUGGAAUUCGAAUCGGAUGACUUUGCCUACGGCUACUUUGAGUCUGGCAGCAAGGAGCGCACGGCGACCAUGCUGUCCGACGGCGGACGUGACGAGUCCGGCCCCAUCGGCGACCUGGUCAGCAAGCUCGACGACCUGGACGACUUCUUCGACGAGCCAUCGAGCCCGCACACCGACGACGACCGCGAGUCGUCGCGCACGAUUACCGAGUUCACCCCCGAGUCGUUUGAGUCCGGAGCGCAGCUGUACGACGAGCAGAUACUGCCCAUCCUACACGAGGCGUCAACCAGCAGCGGCCUGUUUCAGAAUGGCUUCGCCGACCGUUCCUUUCGCGACGGGGCCUCGCCCUCGUCCAACAACAGCAACACCAUGAACCCCGGCGCCUUCUCGGCCGCCAUCCCGCCUGCCCGGCCACCGCUUCACGCGCGCUCCAUCACGUCGCCCUCCACCUCGGCCCCGUACCACACGUCCGACGUCACCUUGGAGGACGACAACUGCCUACCUGGUGUCGAUGAGGAGGCGGAAGACGCCGAGCUGCAGCCGCAACCGCCGCUGCCGCAGGGACUGACACCCGAGACGAUAGUCCGGUCGCCGACGCCGACGCAGGGUCCACGACCGACGCUGCGUCGUCUGAAGAGCCGUUCGCGAGAUGUCGGAGGCGUGCCACCCGUGCCGAGCCUGCCGACGGAGAGGACCAUAUGA